AUGCCCGCCUGGAAGUCCCUCUUAAGCGUGCUGGCACUGGCCGGCACGGCUGUCUCUUGCGCCCACCAUGACGAUGCCGAGGUGGUGCCCGAGCACGAACGCGAAGAACUGCUGAAAAAAUGGGAUCAAGAGUGGUCCUUUUCCGGAAUCGCCAGCUUCGCCCACCUCCACACCGUGAAAUGUCUCAUCGAACCGGAUGAGAACUACGACAUCGCCGUCAUUGGUGCCCCGUUCGACACCGCAGUCAGUUACCGACCCGGCGCUCGCUUCGGACCCCGCGCCAUCCGCGCCGCCAGUGCGCGUCAAAUGAGCGGAAUCAGCUACAACACCCGCGCGGGGAUCAACCCUUACAAGUCAUGGGCCAAAAUCACCGACUGCGGUGACAUCCCCAUCACACCGUUUGACAACGGGCUGGCGGAGCGCCAGAUGUACGAGGCCUUUUUGGAAUUGGGGUCUCGAAAGAUUGCCAACCCUGCGCCGUCCGCCCAAACCAAGAGCAACAAGGGCGAGACCCCCAGCAUUGGUGCGCGGCAUCCCAAACUGGUGACGCUGGGCGGUGAUCACAGCGUGGCCCUGCCGGCCCUCCGCGCCUUAUACCAGAUCUAUCAAAAGCCGAUUACGGUCCUGCAUUUCGAUGCUCAUCUGGAUACGUGGAACCCCGUGCGUUACUCGGCCUACUGGCAGAGUGAGCAGACACAAUUCAAUCAUGGCAGCUUUUUCCACAAGGCGAGCCGCGAGGGCCUGAUUUGUAAUUCCACCUCUGCCCAUGCGGGAUUGCGCACUCGCUUGACCGGCGUCGACGAUGGUGAUUACACCACCCCCGGGCCGGAACAGGGCUUCAUUCGAAUCCACGCGGACGAUAUCGACGAGUUGGGCCCCAUGGGCAUCGUGGAGAAGAUCAUGAGCCGCAUCGGGCUGGACCCGGAGCAGCCGGUCUACCUGUCGGUGGACAUUGACGUGUUGGAUCCGUCGACGGCGCCGGGUACGGGGACGCCGGAGCCGGGUGGUUGGACCACUCGCGAAUUUAUUCGCAUCCUGCGAGGAUUGGAGAAGUUGAAUCUGGUGGGUGCGGAUAUCGUCGAGGUUUCGCCCGCCUAUGACAACAAGGGCGAGACAACCGCGUUAGCUGCGGCGCAGGUUGCUUUUGAGAUUAUUACUAGCAUGGUCAAGUCUGGUGUGGAUGAGGAGCUGGGUGGGUGGUAUGGACGCCGCGUGGAUGGAUCGGGAGGAGUGGGCGUCGGUGCGGUCGUGGAAGAUACUUCUGCUCCUGCUGGCAAGGACGAGCUGUAA